AUGGAUGUCUUUCUUCACGAUCUCAAUCACGCCUAUAGUACAGGUCAAUUGGCGAUUGAUGACAAUACUCUUCUGCGUUACUUUGAUUAUGCUACCAUUGAACAACAUAGUCCAAUGACUGCUGCAAGUGUAUUUUGGUUCGAUUCUCUUCGAGAUAGUAAAAUUGAUCAAUCAUUACCGCUACCAUUUGAUCGAUAUCGUCUUUCGGAUGAACAUCGAACAGGUCGUGGAAUAUCUGUCUGUUUCGAUUUUGGUGAAGAUCUUUCACAUGACUUUCUUGCAUAUUCAUCAUCGAACGGCAUUAAUGUAGAACAACUAGCACUUGCUACCUAUUAUAUAUUCUUGUUCAAACUGACUAAUGGAAAAAGUGAUUUAUGUAUUGGAAUGAACACACAUGGAAGAUAUAAAGAAGAAUUGAUGACGGUGAUUGGAAUGUUUGUCAAUGCUAUUCCUUUGCGAUGUCAGCUAGAUCCUCAUUGGCAUUUUAAUCAGCUGCUUGAGCAUGUUAAGAAGAUAACCACUAGCAGUUUACAGUAUUCCUACUUUCCUCUUCAACGAAUUCUUGCUCAACAUCCAAGUAUUUCAAAGCCUGCUUUUCUUGAGACAUCAUUCGACUUUCAUACGUACACUUCUACAAACAGCAAGGAUGAAGUGAUGAUUGAAAAUGCUCGACUUAUUACUACGCCUUUUUCAAUCAAGCUUGGUGAAGAUGAAAUAAUGAGUGAAUCGUUCUAUGUGACACUAUUGGAUCACAUCAAAAACAUUGAUUUUCAAAACUGUCGUAUAUGGAAUAUGUAUGGGCCAGCCGAGACAACCAUUAGUUCUACGUUCAACCUCAUAAAUUUGGCAGGCUGCGAGGAGAGCAUUGGAAUCGGUAUUCCGCUUCCGAAUUAUCGAUGUUUACUUUUAGAUGAAUUCUUACAAUCAGUCGUUAUUGGCCAAGAAGGUGAACUGUUAGUGGGAGGCGUAGGUGUUUAUGCUGGUUAUCUAGGACGUGAUGAUAUGACAGAAAAAAUAUUAAUUGAGGUCGAUGGUGAAAUAUUUUAUCGAACAGGUGAUCUUGUUAGAAUCGAUCACAACGGUCUUCUUCACUAUCGAACAAGAAAAGAUCAUCAAAUCAAGUUGCAUGGACAACGUAUUGAACUUGGAGAAAUCGAACAAUGUUUGCUUAACACAUCGAUUGCUGCUUGUGUUGUUAUCAAAUGGGGUGAUGAUCAUUUGGUUGCUUAUGUUCAGAGCUCUAAUAUUGAUGAAAAACAAUUACGUGAACAUUGUAAAUCUCAUCUUCCACCUCACAUGAUUCCAUCCAUAUUUCUCAUAUUGGAGAAGCUUCCUAUAAAUGCAAACGGGAAAAUAGAUCGAAAACUUCUUCCAACACCUAAUAUGUCUUCAGUAGCUUUACAGUCGACAAAUGAAUUUAAUGUUUCUCGUAGUCAAAUGGAGGAAACUGUCCACACUGUUUGGUGUAAAGUGCUUGGGUGGGUUGGACAAGAAAUUUCAACUAGGAAAAGCUUCUUCAAUAUUGGUGGUCAUUCGCUGCUCUUCAUUAAACUUUAUCAUAGCUAUCAAACUUUAUUUGGCUUUGAUACCCAUGUACUCUCCAUUGCUUCUUUCCUUGAACAACCAACUAUAUUUGAACAUGCAAAAUUGCUUGAAAAGGUCGCAACAAGUGACAUGAAGUCAACACAAUGGCAUACAUUACAUCUUAUUCAAGGUAUUGCAUCAUUUGCUCAAGAGCGCAUCCUACUUGAUGAGCAAAUUCGCUUUACAAAAAAAGUGGCCAUUUACAAUGAAUUAAUUGUUUUGAAAGUUUUCAAAGGUUCAUUAUCAAUAAAUCGGCUAUUAAGUACUUUCCGAUCUCUUUUGACUAAACAUCCAAUAUUGCGUACAUCUCUCGUAUUUAACAACGAGAGUGGUACUCUAAAACAAUAUAUUACUGACAGACAUGAAACAUUCACAUUAGCAGCUGAGCAGACAUUCAGGAAUGAUAGAGAACUUCUGGAUAUUAUUUAUCAAACAACUACUGAUCCAAAUCUAUUCGAUUUAUCAAGUGGUCGAAUAUUUUAUUGUCAAAUACUUCGUCUACAAAAUUCCUUGAAGAAAAAUAAUGACAACGAAUUCAUCACAUAUUCUGAUGUACUUAUUAUUGCUUUUCAUCAUGCAGCAUUUGAUCGAUUCUCUCGUGAGAUUUUAUACAAUGAUUUAUGUCAAGCGUAUAACAAUAGCCUAAUAAUACCAGUCGACGAAGAAAGAUUACAAUACAUUGAUUAUUCUGUUUAUGAGCGUCAAAUCGAUAUGACAUUAUCACGUGAAUUUUGGCACAAACAUCUUCAAGGAUAUAAUUUUGAAUGUCGAUUCUCAUUACCAAUUGAUCGACAUCGUUCAUCUCCUAAUGAACGAUCUGGUUGUGCGUCUGUAGCUAAAAUCUCUUUCGAUAAUGAUAUUUCGACAGCAUUUCUAAAUUAUGCAUCUUCACAUAAAGUCACACCAUUUCAACUAGGAUUAGCUACAUUUUAUGCAUUUCUCUUCAAACUAAGUCAUAGUCAACGUGAUCUGUGUAUUACUUGUCCCAACGCCAAUCGUUAUAAAAGUGAAUUAGAAAAUAUAAUUGGAAUGUUUGUUGCAACAUUACCUCAUAGAAUUCAACUUAAUUCUCAUUGGUCAUUUGAUGAACUUGUAAGUCAUGUACGAGAACAGUGUUUGUCAAUUUUUGAACAUUCUCAUUAUCCAUUACAAUAUAUUCUUGCUGAUUCUUAUCUUGAGGCAUCUAAUGUUUCUUUUCUUGAGAUAAUGUUUGAUUUCAUCACUGUUUCCUCUGAAAAGGAUCACUUAUUUUUGAAUGAUGCGACUUUAGAAGAAGUGUCAUUAGAACAAUCAUCUCAAGUGGCUAAAUUUGAUUUCAUGUUGAUAUUUGUUUACAAUCCAGCAUUAGUUAAUAGCAGACUUUCAUGUUAUUUCAUCUGUUCUCAUGAUCUAUAUGAUGUGUCGACAAUUGAGACGAUCGGAGAAAGAUUUCAAUAUCUUUUCUUUCAACUUUUCUCUUCAAAAUCAAGUAUUACUCAAAUUGAUCAAGCUAUUACACCCAUCAAUAAAUUAUCGCUUAUUUUACACAACGAAGCUCAAGAAAUGCAAGGAACGAUUUUUUAUAGAUUGCUGAAUAUUGUCAAUGAGGGUAUGUUUAUUUGCUGUAUACUUCUUUAUGUACAUGAUAGUCCAUGAAUAAGAAGAUCCAUAUUUUUUAUUCAUACUAAUAACGUUAAGAAAUACAGCUUAGAUCAAACCACUGUUGUCUUCAAGAAAGCAUUGUAGCUUCUCAUGAAUUCCAAAAGUAUCUCCUGCACACUAUAUGCUCUUAAUACAGUUCCGGAGACAAAAGUUCUCGGGGUUUUUUGUGACGUUUUCUUUAUUAUAUAGUAGAAUAGUUUAGUUUGAAGCAUGAACGAAUAUUUCGUGUAUGAUUCACUUUAGAUAAAUCGUGAUAUCUAAAAAUAUGAAGUUCUCAUGAGCAUACUUACUGUAUGUUAAAAGUCUUCGAAAAAUCUACUUUUAUUUCUUGAAGCCAAUGGUAUGAAUUUUUAGUCAUAUUUAUUGACGUUGUUUUCAAGAAGAAAAUAUCUGAACCCUAUGAUCUAUCACUGAUUUAAAAAGUUAGCCCAUUUGGUUUACGUAUUAGAAAUGUUCACGUUUUUCUUUCAUUCUUAUCUUAGAAGCAUGCUGUAUAACGUUCGUAUUCAUAUAGAAUAUGUUCUGAAAGUCUGAUAAUGCAGCAAGAUGCGAUAAUUGAGAUUUUUCUCUGUUGUUGGUACACUGUAAACUACAAAAUAAGUUAUAGAGUUUAAUGAAGUAAAUUCUAGGAAUGCCCAUAUGAAUUCACCGAUGAAUUUUUAAUUCUUUGAAAAUAAGAUAUUCGAAACUUUAAGAAUAAGAAAUUUUAUUUUCUAAUUAGAAAAUCGGAAAUGAAUUCAUAUGGGCAUUCCUAGAAUUUAGCAAUUCGAGUAUUUUUUAAAAACUGGAAAAUCGAAUUUUAUUUUCAUAUUAUAAUGAAGUAUCAAAAUGUAUUCAAUAAAAUAAAUAAUUAAAUAGUUUUAAUUUUAAUUUAAAUAAACUCAUAAACAUUUAAUUCAUACAAAUGCACCAAAUAAAAUAAAUAAAUAAUUUUAAUUUAAAUACAUACAAAACGGAUUGACUCAUAGAGCAAGUGUAAAAAUAUAAUUUAUGAACUCAUGAAUUGUCGGAGAAUAAAAUGAAUGCAUAACACUAUCGGCCGGCUUAUAUACAUGAAUGAACUUUUUCGAAAAUCAAAUUGAAUUUGUAUGAAUUAGAAAAUUAAGCAUUUUCUAAAUUUUCAACAUUCAACAGAUGAAUAAUGGAAAUUUGAAAAUGCUGUAGCUUUUUUAAAGUCGAUUUUCUUAAAAGGAGUUUCAAAAAAAAUUACAGUCUACUGUUAGCUUUAUUCAUGCGUCAAAGUUCAAAGUACUGAUCGGUUUGCAGCUGUGACUGUGUACCAACAGCAUUCUUAUUAUAAAAACUUUAUUGACUUCUAUACCCUUUUCUUUUGUAAGUUUAUUUGCAACAGAAAAACUGUUUCUGUAGAAUUAAAGACACAAGAAACUUUUCAAGAAACGAACAUUUACGUCUUAUAAAUAUAUAAUUAGUGAAACAACUACGAAAAAUCGCAAGAUUUUAGCUCCUAUAACAAUGUUCCCAGUUUUGUGUACAAUUUUAUUUACCAUUCCUUAAGUUCAUUAAUUGGCUAUAAAGAAAUGAGACACUUUGCAUAUACUACAUUUUUGAUGAAUUAGAUCGAUGAUGACAAUAGAAAAAGAUCAGAAAAAGUUUUUGAAAGUUGAGAAUAUCAAACGUAUCAGGCUCUAUGUUGGCUUAGCAUAACUAUUUCAAGUAUUCUAUUUAAUAUGUAAAGAAUCAUAGAGAAAGAGUAAUAGUUACUAAAAAAACGAAUAUGAGUAAAGAAGAAUAAUUAGCUCAUUAGAAUCUCACAAUUCAUCAUACACUUGAUAACCGAAACAAUUUAUUGCAUUCAAUAACAAUCUUUACAGACAAGAGUUUAUUGAUUCAUCUUCCAUUGCAUGAGCAUGUGUCAUAUUUGAGAGAUAUACUAAAUCACAUCGAUCCCGUGUUGUAUAGACCGCAAAAAUGUUCGAAAAAAAUGCUGCUAAAGUCGAAGAAAGAGAACAAUAGAGCUGCAGAGCAUGAUGAUUUAAGUAAAAGCAUGACAUAAAUGAAUAUCCAUUGUUUGUGCAUGCUGAGAUCAUAUAAAAGACUAUGAAGUAGUUAUGGUAUUAGUUAUGAUAAAUGUAACACUCUCGGUUGAGUGCAUUUUAUGCAUGAUGUUUGACUUUUCCUACCUAUUUCUUCUCAUCUUAUGUAUUGUCCUUACCGUCCUGUCCUUACUUCGUACAUCAUGCUGUAUUUUGUCUGUAUCUCAUGGCUCCUACUUUCUGUUCGUAUUAUCCUUUCCUUUCAUAUUCUUUUCUUCUUUCUGAUGGUACAGUAUAUAAGCGUAUGCUUUGUGUAAAAACGAUGAGAUUGUAUGAUACGAAGGAUAAGAAUAAAGUGUAUCACCAUCCACACUAACACUUCUUCUAUCAGACAUCGUCACAGACAACACUUAUCAAUUUUGAAAUCUUCCUCAGUGAUGUGCUAAAAGUUUCUGAAGUAUCCUAUGAUGAUAUUCUUAAGCAAAUAUAGGUAAAAAACCGUGACAAAAUGCUAAAGGUGCCAUUGUCUUCUAUAAACUGUAUGCGUUGCUAGAAUCACAGCUCUUUGCACAUACAUUAAUUUUACUCAUUGAUGCAUAAUAUUGCUGUAUUCAUUGUUCAUAAUCAAUUGUAAAUAGAUAAAAACAUAGAAAAAACGUUUUGCGUUUUUCUCUAGCUUGUUUUCUUUAUCAAUCGUGAAUCUUCGUGAAAUUUCUUUUCCGAUAUAGUUUAUUCUAUUAAUCGAUUGUUCAUCUUAUCAUAUCUGUAGUUGUUGAGAAGAUAACAUUCAGCAACCUGAAGACACCAAUUAGAAGCAUUCAAAUCAAUUAUUCAGAUAUAAAUUGUCUAUGCGGAUAUCGACAAUAUGAAAUUUGAUUAAGAAAAAUCUUCGGAGAUUUAGCUUAACUGCGUUCAAUCUCAUCUUUCCCUUACCUCUUCACGUUCUAACUCGUUUCGUCGUAACGUCUCAACGUCUUAGUAGUCUCACAGACAUGCAUGGAACUUUUUAUUUUUUGAAAAUCAGUAAUAGAAAUUAGAUCCUUUAUGAACAUUCUCACCUGAAACAGAAAUAAGAUGAUCAAUACAUAAUGCAUAUGAAAAGCUGUACAAAAGCUUGUAAAAUAUAUUUUCAUCCUUCGAAUUAUGAUGUGGCUGUGGAUGUUGGCGCACUUGUUCUCUUCAAUUCACUCCCACAUUAACACUCCCCCAUCCACAUCCACACCAACACCUACAUACCUAUCCACACCAUUCAGAAUCAACGUAAUUGCUGUUUCACUGUUGAAACAAAGUCAAUAAAUACUUAGACCAUUAUAUUUUGACGAAUCCAACUCCAUAAGCACUGAGAAAGAAACAUACCCGUGAUUGAUCGUCGAAUUAUAAAACCGAUUAAACAAUUAUGCAUAUAUUCACGUUUGCGAACGAUAGAAUAGAAAAUGCAUACUACCUCUUUUUUAUGUAAUGAAAACCAAUGUAGUCUUGACACUGAUAUCUGAUUUGUUUAGCACCAGCUUCUAAUGCUCAAACUCGUAUCUGGCUUGAUGAACGCAUUCAUUUCAAUCCAGACCAACCACUGAUGGCAAUCUACCAUAUGCCUUUCCUUUAUCGUCUAUACCACGGGCAUACUUUAUCAAUUCAACAACUUAGACAUGCUCUUCAGCUAAUUGUCAUGAAACAUCAAUCACUUCGUACAUCACUCGUUUUCGAU